CUCUGGCCCCCCACACCAUCCCAGCCGGGAUACGGAGAACAGCUCUCUGCAAUGCAGCCAUGGCACCAUGCUGGAGAAAAAAGUGCGCAAAAAAGUGCGCUUUUCCACUCCCCUCGCCAGGGGUGUUUAUCCAACACUGGUCGGCGGUUGUCUCCUGUUCCGUACCAGAUUGCCGUGCUGUCUCCAGUUGUUUCCGACCCUUGCGGCCCAUUUUGAGCAUGGUGUAUCUGGAGGGGUUGCUUUUGUGUGUUUUCGACGGGACGGCAGUGAGCAUAUAGAAUGACGUUCUCGGCACCACAGGGUCGCCAACAUCCUGCUGGUGAGUGACAGUGCCCAACCCAGACAGUUCCCGCCAUGGCCGAAAAACCACCACAGAGGAUGACGCUGUUCCAGCGGCUGCGAAAGGCCAUCCUGUUCCUCAGGCUGGUGGGUUAUGGUCUUCGCACAUACUACAACUUCUUUUCCCGCAGUCUGUCGGCCAAGAUUGCGAACCGGCUCGCAAAGUCGGACGCGUCCAUCGGUCCAGACGACGUCAAAAACAUUGUCAUCGUUGGAGCUGCCUUCUCGGGCCUCUACGCUGCGCGCCUCCUGGCCGGCGCCGUGCCCCGAGAUGGCCGCUACCGCAUUGUCGUGAUCGAGCCGAACAGCCACUUCAACUUCACCUGGGUCUUCCCUCGCUUUUGCGUUGUCGAAGGCCAUGAGCACAAAGCCUUUAUUCCCUACAGCCCCGACUUUUUUGACAUGGGGCCCAAGGGGCUGGUGCAAUGGGUACGUGACCGUGUGACCAGUCUCACAAGGGAGAACGUGCUCCUGCGGAGUGGCGAGGUAAUCCCGUACGAGUAUCUUAUCAUAGCCACCGGAUCCAACGUCGCCGAUGGUCUUCCGUCCCGCGCCGGCGUGGAGGACAAGGAGGAGGCGAUUGAGCUGCUGAAAGCAAUGCAGGAGCGCGUCAAGAAUGCCAGCCACAUUGUCGUUGCCGGAGGUGGCGCUGCGGGCGUCGAAACGGCCACGGAUGCAAAGGACCGAUAUCCGGGCAAGUCUGUCACCAUUGUGCACUCUCGGCAGGCCUUGAUGCACCGUUUCGGCAACGGACUGCAACAGGGUACCUCGGAAGCCAUGGAAAGACUGGGCGUCAACGUCAUCCUCGGCGAGAAGGUGCUUCCAGAGUCUGUAGACGGAAAGUUCAUCACACUGAGCUCGGGACGAAAGAUUGAGUGUGACUGCUUCAUCAACUGCACCGGGCAAAAGCCCGCCUCCGGUAUCGUCGCGAGCCUCGCGCCAAACACAAUCGCCCCGUCUGGUCACAUUCGGGUCAAGCCCAACCUUCAAAUCGAUGACGAUUCCCUUCCGAAUGUAUAUGUCUGCGGUGACGUCGCCCAGGCCGAGGUGCGGAAUCCCAACUCACGAGUGGCGGCGCGCCAGGCCGAGAUCUGCGCCGACAACGUGGUGCGGGCCGUUAAGGGCAAGAAGCCCAAAUACGUCUUUACCGAGGGGUUUGGCGAUGGCGUGAUCAAGUUGACUUUGGGUUUGGACCGGUCCAUCACGCAGUAUUUCGAUGGCAAAUCGGAGCUUCUGUUCCCUGCCGAAGAACCCGAUCUUGACCUCAUGUGCAAGGGAACGUGGGCUGCCAUGGGAGCAAGGCCUUUUGAGGAUACUGGCGUGUACUCUGAGUGAAGGCGAUAGUCAAGGACAUCAGGUUGCGGGAUGUGUUGCUCCACUGAGCAUGGCGGAAAGUCGCAAGCCCGUGUGGUGAUGAUGGGCAAUGUCCUGGCUUUGUGCUUCCGCAGCGAGCCAACUUCCGCAGCAAGCCAACAGUUCAUCGAUUGGCACGUCCAAUGACAGGAGUCUUGGGCCAAGAUGAACACCAGGACAAGCCGCAAAGCAAGCCAGUAAACCAGGUCGCGUUCAGAGCCGGUGUCAGAUACAUCGGUGCUGCUACGCUGACGCGAGAUGGGAAGAAUUACGCGAUGUUGUCGAGCAGGGCAUCGCUCUGGGCGCGGCGAGCUUGCAUUUCGAAAGGCUGGCAGCUUUUUGCAGGCAGAUAGAUGAGUGGUCGAGUGUCCAAACAUUAGCAAGGAGAUGACACAAACGUUUGGCUCGAAGCCUGCGGUGCCUGGGAGUGAAGCAUCAUAUCAAGUACCACUGGUGGCGUUGGGAACGAUCAGCCACGCUAUCAGGCACUGCGACAGUAACGAUAAGUAAAUAGUGAUUCAGUAAAUCGAGUUGACAGAGGCAUU